AUGGAUGCUUCUGAACCCUUUUUAAGUGAUGCUAAGCGCUAUACGACGGUUCAUUUACCCCAGCAACCGCGAAAAUGGAUUAGACAGAGCGGUUGGACAAAAUACAAUGCAGACGGAACGGCGCAGAAAAUCAGUGCCCCUGAUGAGACUAUGCUCACUUUUGAUACUGAAGUUAUGUGGAAGGAACAUCCAUUUGCUGUAAUGGCCUGCGCUGCCGGCCCAACGGCUUGGUACGCAUGGAUUUCGCCCUGGCUCCUUAAGGAAACCGAAGAUACCCAUCAUCUAGUACCUCUUGGUGACAUAUCAACAUCUCGCGUCAUUGUUGGUCAUAAUAUUGGUUAUGAUCGAGCCAGAAUACUAGAAGAAUAUGAUAUCAAACAAUCUCGCAACUUCUUCAUUGAUACGAUGUCUCUGCACGUGGCUGUAAAUGGAAUGUGUUCACAGCAGCGGCCAACUUGGAUGAAACAUAAGAAAAACAGAGAUCUUCGGGAUAAGCUAAUGCGUGGAACUGAGUCAGCGGAGCUUGCGUCUAUGGUUGAAAAUAAAAUGCUCAGUGAGGAAGAGGAAGAGCUAUGGGUAGGCCGAAGUUCCGUUAACUCUCUUCGCGAUGUUGCCAAAUUCCACUGCAAUAUCACAAUAGAUAAGGCUCAACGGAACUAUUUUGGCGAACUUGACCGAGAGGGAAUUAAUGGGCAAUUAGAUGAACUUCUGGAUUACUGCGCUGCCGACGUUGCUAUUACGCACCGGGUCUACAAAAAGGUAUUCCCAAAUUUCUUAGAGACGUGUCCACACCCCGUCAGCUUUGCUGCAUUGAGGCAUCUUUCCACUGUUAUUCUGCCGGUUAAUGAAACAUGGGGGGAGUACUUGAAAAAUGCGGAAGACACCUACCAUCGUGCGUUGGACAAUGUGCAAAAGAGGCUAGUGGAACUCUGCGAAAACGCUCUCAAGGUGAAAGACAAACCGGAAAUAUACCAAAAUGAUCCCUGGCUUCGACAGCUGGACUGGUCAGGCCAGGAGAUUAGGAUGGUCAAAGGAAAGAAAAAAGGAGAUCCGCCUCGGCCAGCGGCCCGACAAAAACUACCAGGGAUGCCGAAGUGGUAUAAGGACCUUUUUCCAACGAGUAAAUCAGAUAUCAACAUCACAGUGCGGACUCGUAUAUCCCCAAUCCUCUUGAAUCUUUCGUGGGAUGGCUUUCCCCUUGUUUGGUCCGACAAGCAUGGCUGGACUUUUGAAGUUCCCAAAAAGGAGCUAGAGCGAUAUGAGAAACAGGCAUUUGCGCCAUGCGACAUGUCGGAAGAGACAAACGCUGCUCUACGUGAGAGCAGAGAGCAUGUCUAUUUCAAACUUCCACAUAAAGAUGGACCAGACGCUCGAUGUGCUAGCCCACUCUCAAAAGGGUACCUGCAAUAUUUUGAAAGUGGGAAGCUCUCAUCUCAGUUUCCGUUGGCUAAGGAGGCCUUGGAAAUGAAUGCGUCCUGUUCAUAUUGGAUAAGCGCUAGAGACCGAAUCACAUCGCAAAUGGUUGUUUACAAGAAGGAUUUGGAAAAAACAGGUGCGUUGGGCAAAGAGCUUUCGCCGGACUCAAAAGUGGGCUUCAUCCUUCCCCAGGUUAUUCCUAUGGGAACAAUCACGCGCAGAGCAGUUGAGAAUACCUGGCUCACCGCGAGUAAUGCCAAACCAAAUCGCGUCGGUUCUGAGCUGAAAGCCAUGGUUCGCGCACCACCUGGGUAUGUUUUCGUUGGUGCAGAUGUUGACUCUGAGGAACUUUGGAUCGCAAGCUUAGUCGGUGAUGCACAAUUCCAACUACACGGUGGAAAUGCGAUUGGCUUCAUGACUCUCGAAGGUACGAAAGCUGCUGGUACAGAUUUACAUUCGAAAACGGCAAAAAUUCUUGGAAUUUCACGAAAUAAUGCAAAAGUUUUUAAUUAUGGUAGAAUAUAUGGAGCUGGUUUGAAAUUUGCAGCCACGCUUUUACGGCAAUUCAACCCAAGCAUGUCUGAAACGGAGACAAAGGCCGUGGCUGCCAAAUUAUACAAGGAAACGAAGGGAACUCGGACUACUCGCAGAAUACUGAGUGAGAACCCUUUCUUACGAGGUGGAACCGAAUCCUUCGUUUUCAACAAGCUGGAAGAGUUCGCAGAGCAGGAGAGACCACGAACCCCCGUCCUGGGAGCUGGUAUCACUGAGGCACUAAUGCGACGGUUUAUCAACAAAGGUGGCUUCAUGACGUCCAGAAUUAACUGGGCUAUUCAAUCAUCUGGGGUCGACUACCUUCAUUUACUUAUCAUAUCUAUGGAUUAUCUCAUCAGGCGCUUCAAUCUUGAUGCCCGUCUUGCCAUUACUGUCCACGAUGAAAUUAGGUAUGUGGUUAGGGAAACAGACAAGUACAAGGCUGCAAUGGCACUCCAGGUUGCGAAUCUUUGGACUCGGGCUAUGUUUUCGCAGCAAAUGGGUAUUGACGACCUGCCACAAUCUUGUGCGUUCUUCUCAGCAGUAGAUAUUGAUCAUGUCUUGCGGAAAGAGGUGAACAUGGAUUGUGUGACGCCAUCUCAUCCCAACAAAAUCCCACAUGGGGAAUCCCUCGAUAUCAACGAACUACUCUCCAAGGGUGACGAGGCUAGGCUUGAUCCAUCAAUUACCCCAUUGUCACCGCCGGUCCCAGAAAACUACAGCUAUACCCCACGGGAACCCGUAAUGGCGUCAUUACAAAAUUCAAGCAGCAUGGAUUUUAUCAAAGCCCAAAUUACCAGUGACGAUAAGGAGCUACGAGAAUUAAUAAAGGAUUCGAUGAAGAAGAACUCUUCCUCGACGUCAGGGAGCACAACAAAAUCGCAACCUAAACGUGGAUCAAAAUCGCAAAUACCCCCUCACGCAGAACCACAAAAGGCUGUUUUAAUGGAUGUCCAGCCAAAUCUUCUUCCAAAAUCGUCGAACUUAGCCCCCAAACCGUCAUCUUUUACAAUACAUAGGUUCGGUUGGAAACCUCGUUCCCCAGCAUCUGUAUAA